ACAAAAAAGCGUAUAGCCAGCGUCUCAUUAGUCAUUCUCAACAAGUUAAAUAAACUUUUAGGAAUAUUAUUGAUCUUCUUCUCUGUUUGUUCUUGGUAAUUAAGACGGUGGAGCUGAUCAGCAGAAGGCCUCUCUCUCCCUCUCAUCCAUCAAUCUAUUCAAAUGCAUUGAUCCCAAUUUCUAAACAAAAAUAUAUGUAUAUAAGAUCCAUUCCCCAGCAGCUAUAUGUAUAGCUAGGGUUUUUUUCUUGAUCCUUUCACAAACUUAUCUUUCAUUCUCUUCUUCCUUUCGUUUUUGUUAAGAACUCCAGAGGCCAAAGAGGAAGAGGGAUUCGAUCUCAAGAAUCUCUUAUCUCGGAUUUAGGGAUAAAUACGAUCUCCACCACUCGAGCAACAAGUCCUCCGCCCGACACCUAUUAUGCUGGUUGUUAGGUCAAGACUUAGUCUCUACACAUACCCGAUGAGAAAAACUGAAUCAUUUCUCAUCAUGAAAAAUUAAAUGAUUCUGAUCUAUUGAUUUCUUGACCUAGCUAUUUGAAGCACUAGCUUUGUCCCUAAAUUAAGAGGCCCCCAUCAAGUGGCAUUUUACUCAUGAUCUAUCUAUUUGGUAAGAACUUGUAGAGUCUAAGCAAGAGAGGAAAAGAAGAGGAAGAUACGGACCUGGAGUUUAAGGUCAGGAUUAACUAAUUAAACACAUGGAGUAAGCUCAUCUUGAUGAAGUUUAAUUAGCUAGAGAACACUAAUGAUUGUUUAAAUGCAUGCAUGGUCUUAAUUAAUUUGUUCUUCUUUUGUAUGUCUGGUAUGGAUCAGCAGCAUUUUUGCUGAGUACUAGUCUAUCACAGAAAAAGGGGUCAGAUAUUUGCCAGGGAAAUUCUCGACAAACAGACAAGAGGGUCAGACUCCCCCGUUUCUGUAGUAUGAGCUCUCUCUCUCAGUCUCAGACUCAGAGACUCAGACCAGAGAGUGGUCUCUCUCUUUUUUUCUUUUCUUAUCCUUUUCUCUCUUAGCAGGCUUGAUCGUCCUCCAUCUUUUGGCUUCCAAACCCUUUUCCCUUUCGAGAAACGCAUGCUUAACUGGGAUCACGUCAUCCUCCCUUUCCCUUUUUGCAAUUCCCAAAUUCGAAUGUUAUCUUAAUUUUUGAGAUUUUUUAGUAUGCACUGAUGUAUACAAUACGCUAAUAUCCGUGAUUAUAGAGUCUUAAUAUUAAAUCUUUGGUUGCAUAGGUAAAGUUUCAUUUAUUCGGUGCAUAUCAUACACUAUAGCAUAGUUAAAUUUUUGUUAAUUUCUUUCCUUACCUUUAGAGACACCUCAACUUACAAAAAAAAAAAAAAAAAAAAAACUAUUUUUUGUUUUGAUACAUAGGGUAUGUUUAUAUAUAUUUGGGUCUACAAAAGUUGAUUAUUAAAUUAAUAGUGUUAUUAUACUACAAAACCCCGUUCUGAUGCAUCAUUUCUACCAUUCACCAAGACAAGACAACAUCAUUAGCACAAACCUCUACUUGUCCGUUUCUUGAGAGGCCCCCUUUCCCCUCUGCACAAAAAUUAACAAGCUCCAACUUCCUCUUGGUUUUUCUAAUCAAAACCAAACUCUCAUGAUUUCCUUUUCUAUGAUUCCAUUUUACCUAGGGAAAAUAAUAAAUUAAUUUAUCGUCUCUGAAUCUCUGAUCAUCAGUUUCUGUGGUAAUUAAUUAACUAAUUAAGGUUUUUUUUAAUAAUUUGUUUGUAACACGCGCUUAUAAUUAUAAUUCCCUGAUCAAACCAGAAAUGGUGGGGUUUGCUGACCACCAAAUGAGCUGAUGAUUGUCUCUGAUAACACUUUUUAUUCAUAGAAUCCACAUUAUUCCUCUUAUUUACAAUUUUUAUCUUCCUUUCCUACCUUUUAACAAAUUAACGCUAUGUGUUGGCGCUUUUUUUACGUUUUCUUCCCAGUUUUCAUAUUCUCUAGCUAGCUAGAUCUACUUAUAAGUGCCUAUUGGUUAAGUUGGUGUGGUGGUGGUUACUAAUGGCAGUGGUGACGAAUUUGAUGCAGUAGUAAACAUUACAAACUACCAGCUGCGCUAUGAUGGAGUCAAUCGAGUCUACUGUCCCACCCGGUUUCCGCUUUCAUCCGACCGAUGAAGAGCUCGUCGGGUACUAUCUUAGAAAGAAAGUUGCCUCCCAGAAGAUCGAUCUUGAUGUCAUCAGAGACAUUGAUCUCUACAGAAUCGAACCAUGGGAUCUUCAAGAGAGAUGUCGAAUCGGAUAUGAAGAGCAGAACGAGUGGUACUUCUUCAGCCACAAAGACAAGAAGUAUCCAACUGGGACAAGGACCAACAGAGCAACCAUGGCUGGGUUUUGGAAAGCAACGGGUCGAGACAAAUCAGUAUACGAUAAGGCAAAACUGAUCGGGAUGAGGAAAACCCUUGUCUUCUACAAAGGAAGGGCUCCAAAUGGACAGAAGAGCGAUUGGAUCAUGCACGAAUACAGACUCGAAUCUGACGAAAAUGGACCUCCGCAGGAAGAAGGAUGGGUCGUGUGCAGAGCAUUCAAGAAGAGAACCAGUAGUCAAAACAAAAGCAUCGAAGGGUGGGACUCAAGCUACUUCUAUGAAGAACUUAAUGGUCUCACUUCCGUCGCUGAUCCAACCAAUUAUAUGAUCUCGAGGCAGCCCCAGAGCUUUUUAAGCCAGAAUUUCAUGUGCAAGCAAGAGACAGAAGCUGACAGUUUGAACUUCCUGCACUCUGAUCCGUUUGUCCAGCUUCCUCAGCUUGAGAGCCCGUCUCUUCCCUUAAUAAAGCGGCCGAGCUCAACGUCUCUUAUAUCGGAGAAUAACAUCGAAAUAGAAGACCAGCAAAGUAUUCGAGGGUGCAACGAUGCCAAGAAGGUUACUGACUGGAGGGCUCUGGACAAGUUUGUGGCUUCACAGUUGAGUCAAGAAGAGAGAUAUGAAGGUGAUGGAGAAGCAAGCUUUGGUGCAAAUGAUGAAUCAGAUAUGGCAUUGUUGUUGUUGCAGAGUAGUAGUGCUAGGGAUGAAGAUGAUCAACUGGGAAACAAGUUAAAUGGGUUCCUAAAUUCGACUCCUGACUGUGAUAUUGGGAUAUGCAUAUUUGAAAAAUAAUGAAGCAAGAGGGAUAACACAUGGGAGAACGUAAUUUUAUUGGUACGUACGUAGGUAUUAUAAAUGGUAUAAGGGUUGAUGAAUGUCGAUCCUAAGACAUAUAUUUUUAUAAAAAUAUGCUUAUGAGUGUAUUUCUUUCCCUCUCUCUCUCUCUCUCUCUCUCUCUCUUCCACACCCCUAACACACAUGCAUAUUUGAAAAAUAAUGAAGCAAGAGGGAUAACACAUGGGAGAAGGUAAUUUUAUUGGUACGUACGUAGGUAUUAUAAAAUGUAUAAGGGUUGAUGAAUGUCGAUCCUAAGACAUAUAUUUUUGUAAAAAUAUGCUUAUGAGUGUAUUUGUUUCUCUC